UUCACUCAUGUUAUGGUGCUCCCACAUUGCCGUUAUAAAAUGUUUGUAAACAUUUUAUAACACCAAAACAUUUACUAACAAAUGUUAACAAUUGUUGCACUUUGUUAGAAACUGUUACAUGUUAUAAGUGCUCCUACAUUGAUGGAAAAUGUUUAAACAUUUUAUAACAUCUAGUAUUGGCUCGCAGUUUGGUUUCGCCUUCUGAGGGCUGAGGACGUCUACACGAAAAUGGAAGAAGAUUUGCUCAUUGGAAUAGCUUUUAUUUUUUGUUUAAAAAAGAAGAAAAAGCGCUCUUAUUGGAUGCGCCAAACGCUAAAAGCUAGAGGAAAAUAUAGUGCCACAGACUAUCUCAAGGAUUUAGGUAUUGAUGGUUGCUUAAAAGAUUUUAUAAGAAUGAACAGUUCCGAAUUUGAAUAUCUACAAAAUUUAAUUGGGGCAAAAAUAGGCAAACGAGACACUACAUUUAGAAAAUCUGUAAGUGUGACGGAAAGACUUGCGGUAACGUUAAGAUUUUUGGCAACUGGUAGCAGUUAUAAAAGUCUUGGAAAUGUGUUCAAGUUGUCAGACCAAGUGAUAUCUAUUAUCGUACCAGAAGUGUGCGAGGCUCUCAAUGAGGUUUUAAAGGAAUACAUACAGAUACCAACAACACCUCAAGAGUGGCUACACGUGGCAAAUUCAUUUGAAGAAAAAUGGAAUUUCCCAAAUUGCUUAGGAAGUAUCGAUGGAAAGCACGUAGCCAUACAAAAGCCAAUUGAUAGCGGCAGUGAAUAUUACAACUAUAAAGGAUUUUACAGCGUUGUACUUUUAGCGAUAGUGGACGCAGAAUACAACUUUCUGUACGUGAAUAUUGGCUGCCAAGGACGCAUAAGUGAUGGCGGAGUUUUCGCAAACACAAAAUUUCGAAAUAAAAUUAACGACAAUAGUUUAAAAAUACCCAGUGACAGCUCACUACCAGGCAGAAACAAACCUCUUCCUUAUGUGUUCGUAACAGAUGAUGCGUUCCCUUUACAAAAACACUUAUUAAAACCUUUUCCAGGACCACAGGAUAGCAAUUCUAAGGAAAGAAUCUUCAGUUAUAGACUGAGUCGUGCGAGGAGAACAGUAGAGAACGCAUUUGGGAUUUUGUCAGCCAGAUUUAGAGUUUUACGAACUACAAUAUUAUUAGAUCCAGAAAAAACUACUACUUUAAUUAUGACAUGCGUGCUACUGCAUAAUUUUAUAAGAAAAACUGAAUCGAGCAUGAUUUACGCUCCAUCUCAAUACUAUGAUGGAGAUGACAUAGUAACUGGUACACGUAUCGAUGGACAAUGGAGAUUAGAACAGCAGCAAUUAACACCACUUGAAGCAUGUGAAUCCCUGACAGAUGAUGGGAAAGAAAUAAGAAAAGAAUUCGCAGAAUAUUUUUCAAAUGAAGGGUUUUUGGACUGGGCAUCUAAAUAUUAUUAAAAGACGUUAAAAUAAAACUCACCUGCAACCCUCCAUCGACAGUUAAACUUGGAAUAUUUUUGCCUUUAAGGAACAUGAGUUUUUUAAAUGCAAACCAUUUACUUGACUCAUUAGCUCCUGCACCAGAUUUAUUAGAUUUACAUUCUCGGUUAAAUUGACCUACGAGUGAUCGAAUCUUUUUUUCAAUUACUUUUUUAUCCAUAUUAAAUUCACUGGCAAUUUCCAUCCAA